AGCUCAGACAGCCAUGGCUGGAACUCCAGCUCCACUAUUUAUUAGCUUUGAGCAACUUCCUGAGAAGCGUACAAAGAAAGAGCUACCCCGCCUUGAAACUUGGACUUCGGUCACCCACAUCCUGACCGCGCUCUGGAAUUUGUCACUGCCUGAAUUUGAUGCACCUAUGAAAUCAAUUCCAAUACUCCACCUUCUGACGAGACUUUCCAGCCUUCCAGUUCUCCUCUUCCUUCAAUCGCCUCUGCCCUUGGAUCUGACCUCUGGUUGGCUCCUCCUUCCCUCCAUUUCCCACCAGCUUCCUCUCUUUCUGUCCCAGAAAGCUGGUGUCCUAGUUGCUUACCUGGGCCACUCUUUCCUCCGCACUUUGAAAUCCUUUUAUAACCCCAAACCUAUGCCUGUGCUGAGUAAAACUGAACCCCUGGGUCAUCACAACAAGCUGCUCUCUGUGUUCACCCUGGUGGAAGGCUCUGCUACAGAAAGUUCUGUGAUGGUGCAUAUCAUGACACUGUCCUUCUACUUGCCCCUCCCCCUCAGCGAGUUUCCAAAACAUUCACCUUGCUUCUCAACAUCCACCUCUUCUAAUUUUCAGAGGAUCUCACCUCCUACCUCUCUGAGAAAACUGAGGCCCUUAGAUGUGAAGCACAGCUUUCUACCCUCUUCCGUUCACUUAGCCAACAAAUAUUUCUCGAACACCUGUUAUAUGCCAAGCACUAUGCUAGGUACUAGGGAGUAG